CCACCCACUACUUUGCAUUUCAUCAUACAUAUAUUAUAACUCUAGAAAAAGAAUUGAUUCUUGAAUGAGAUAAUCAAGAGAACACACCCAUGAUGAAAUUACCAACCAAUAUUCUUCUUCCUUUUUUGUUGAUAUUAACAUGUUAUAAUCAUCAUGUAUCCCACAUGAUGAUCCAUGCACAAACACAAUCUGCAGAUUCAUGCAAUUCAAACUUAAAUCUUGGCAAUGAAGAGAUCACUUUCGACACUAAUUCUCUCAAUUGCAUACCUGUUUGGUCCUCUGAAGACUUCAUUCUUAGAUAUUCACAAGCAGGUCCAAAUUUAUGGAGUUUUGUUUUAUCGGCUCCAAACACAAAUUCCUAUAUCGCAAUGGGGUUUUCACCAAACGGACGUAUGGUCGGGUCUAGUGCCAUCGUGGGUUGGAUGGCUACCGAUGGUUCAGCCAACAUGAAAAGGUAUCUCCUUGGCGGUCAGACCCCAGCCCAAGUGUUGCCCGACCAGGGAGACCUACAAAUAGUUGGUAACACGUCGAGCCUUUUUUCAAGUUCGUCUAGAUUAUACAUGGCUUUUCAGCUGGUUACAAACCAACCAAGUCAACGACUUUUGUAUGCGGUUGGAGAUAGCAGUAAUCCUCUUCCACAGGCACCGAGUUUUCGAUUGACUCAACAUAGAACUGAAACUGCCACCAGAUUGAAUUAUGCCUCAGGUCAAGGUACCAGGAUUAAGGCCCCUUAUUCGAAUUUAAAGAGGGCUCACGGAAUUUUGAACAUGUUAGGAUGGGGCAUAUUGAUCCCUAUUGGUGUAUUGGUUGCUCGUUAUUUGAAGCAUUUGGAUCCGUUAUGGUUUUAUGCACAUAGUGGGAUUCAAUCAUUAGGGUUUAUUUUUGGAUUAUCAGGCGUGAUUGCAGGAUUUGUAUUAGAUAAUCGUCUUGAUGCUAAAGUUGGAAAGCACAAAGGACUUGGCAUAACCAUUCUUGUAUAUGGUUGUCUUCAGAUUUUAGCUUUAUUGGCCCGUCCUUCUAUCGAUGCAAAAACGAGAAAAUAUUGGAACUGGUAUCACUACAGUGUAGGAAGAAUUAUGAUAGUGACCGCGAUCGUGAAUAUCUUCUACGGAAUCCAUCUAGCCAAGGCAGGAAGCUCAUGGAAUGCCGGUUAUGGAGUAUUUCUCGGAAUAUAUGUCAUAACUGUUUUGGUCUUGGAGAUCAGAAUGUGUAAGAAAAAAUAGACAUUUUUGUUUGUUGUUUGUGUUUGUGAUAAUGUAAUAUAGAUAGUUUGGGCUGGUGUGUGCUUUUGAACCGAUAGCAAUUAUUAAUUGUUUUUCGUUAUGUAUUUAGUAUAUCUCACAGUUACGGUCUGAAAA